UAGUCUGUGGUACUUCGUAAUUUGUAAAUUUGUGGUGUUGUGUUGUUGAAUGAAAUUGCUGAUUUGAUUUUGUAGUUAUUUUUACUUACGAAUACGCGUUAUCUAUAAUCAAAGAAAUACACAAUGUCCCGACAAACUUCACGACUGGACGCCAAGAAAGUGAAUUCGGAGCUAUUGACGCUCACAUACGGGGCUCUGGUCUCCCAGAUGUUGAAGGAGAUAGAGAACCCGGAUGACGUGAACAAGCAGUUGGAGAGAAUUGGCUACAACAUGGGGGUGCGUCUUAUCGAAGACUUCUUGGCUCGGACGUCGUCCGGCCGGUGCCUCGAGAUGCGGGAGACUGCCGACAAAAUACAGCAGGCUUUCAGGCUAUACCUAAACAUGCAGCCCACUGUUACCAGCUGGAGCAAUGCGGGGGACGAGUUCUCGCUAGUCUGGGACCAGUGUCCGCUGUCCGAGUGGGUGGAGAUGAACAACUCCAGUCUCAAGUACUGCGCGCUCAUCCCCGGAGCCAUCAAAGGGGCGUUGCAGAUGGUCCAGCUUGAUGUACAGUGCUGGUUUGUGCAGGACCAGCUGAAAGGAGAUGCAGUGACGGAACUCCGGGUCAAGUACAUAAAAAGAUUAGAAGACGCAGUACCGGCUGGUGAAGACUAAUAUAAAUAGCUUUAAUCCCUUAUUUAAACUAUAACCUUAAGAAAAUCUAUUAGCAAGCAUGAAGAGUAAAGGUGUAUAAGGUAUUUACUUUAUUUUUAUUCUGUUAUUAUUAUGAAUCUUGAAAUUAUAAGAUGUUUAGCCAUUCCAA